AUAGUGACUGACAGAUCGAAUAGAAAUACUACAUCAACACGUGAGGUUAUUUUUAUUUAUCGCGUGUUCAAUAAAUGAAUAAAUGUGCAAUUUUAAGUAUAAAUAAUGGCAGACGAAAGUGCAUUUGACAAAAAGAAAGUUCACCGUGCAAAACAUGCAGGACGGAAAGCAGAGAAGAAGAAAAAGAAAAAUCAAAUAGACCAGUCUAAUCUAAGCGCGCGACAGCGAAACCCGAAGGCUUUCGCUAUUCAGUCUGCUGUUCGCGCUGAGAGGCAAUUCAGACGGCGAGAAGAUGUUAUUGCGAAGAAGCAGCACAUUCCUCAGGUGGAUAAAACACCUCUGGAACCGCCUCCUAUCGUUGUGGCUGUUGUCGGCCCUCCCCGUGUCGGCAAGACCACUCUCAUCAAUAAUCUAAUCAAGAGCUUCAUAAAAACCAACGUAACAAGCACCAAUGGCCCUAUAACCAUCGUGACGUCCAAGAAACGACGCCUCACUUUAAUAGAGUGUAAUAAUGACGUAAACUCCAUGAUAGACAUCGCGAAAUGCGCUGAUCUUGUCCUAUUACUUUGUGACGCUAGUUUUGGCUUUGAGAUGGAAAUAUUCGAGUUCUUGAAUAUCUGUCAAGUUCAUGGGAUGCCUAAAAUUAUGGGUGUGUUGACACAUCUUGAUAUGAUAAAGAAUUCAAAGACAUUGAAAACUACAAAGAAAACUUUGAAACAUCGAUUUUGGACUGAAGUGUACCCUGGUGCUAAACUAUUUUAUCUUUCCGGUAUUGUCCAUGGAGAGUAUUUGAGGAAUGAAAUUAAAAAUUUGUCUAGAUUUAUUUCUGUGAUGAAGUUCCGGCCUCUAAGCUGGAGGACCACUCAUGCAUAUGUGUUGGGGGACAGAAUGGAGGACAUUACGAGUCAAGAGCUGAUCAGAAAAGAUGAGAAGGUCAACAGAGAUGUUGUACUUUAUGGAUAUGUACGGGGUGUGCCUCUCAUGAAGGAGUCUAUGGUUCAUAUUGCAGGUGUUGGAGAUAUGAAAAUUAGUGAAUUAUCAUAUUUACCAGAUCCAUGUCCUUUACCUAGUAGUGAGAAAAAGAGACACUUGAUGGAAAGAGAGAGACAAAUAUAUGCUCCAUUCUCAGGUGUUGGAGGUAUUGUUUAUGAUAAAGAUGCAGUGUAUAUUGAACUGAAGGGAUCCCAUUCACACAAACAGGAAGACGAAGAGACAAAUGAGAAGAAAGCUUUACUCAAAAAUGUAGUGGAGACUAAAGAAACAGUUGAUGAACAGAUGCAGGAGUCAGGAUUCAAAUUGUUCAGUGGUGGGGCUGUCAUAUAUCCUGACAUGCUGAAAGAUGAUGAAUACCUACAACAAAAUAAGAAUACCCAAAUAGACAACGCUAAUAGUUCAGAUGACUCUGAUUCGGAAGGCAAUGAUUCCGAUGCAGAUAAUGACAGUGGUAUAGAUCAAAGUGAGAGGGAGGCUACAGAAAAUACUAAACUUCCAUGGGACAAUGAUAAUUCAGAUGUUGAAGAUCAAGAGAAAUCGAAUGAAGAUAAUACUGAAGAUGAAAAGGAAAACUCUGAUGGUGAAGAAUUUGGAAUGAAGUGGAAACAGAAGUUAGGAGAAAAAGCUACUGAAGCCUACUUUGAAAGGCAGAAAACAUCCAAGAAUAUAAUGAAGCUUGUUUAUGGUGAAUUUGAGAUUGGAAAUAAAACCAAGGAGCAAAAAGAGGAAUCAGAUAAUGAUAGUGAUGAAGAAGAAAUAGGCGGUUUAUUCAAAAAGGUAACUACUACACAGAAGAAAAAACAGAAAGAAAAAGAGAGGCUUGAUGUUGAUGAGUGCUCAUUCUUUUAUGCAUUGGAUAAACCUAACCUCAGGGAUUGGACCAGUGAGAACAACAAACAGUAUCUAAUCAAUUGUUUUGUUACUGGGAAGAGAUCAGCCGAUGAAGAUGCCUCUGAAUUGUUGAAAUUGGACGAUGCCAGUGAUGGAGAUGAUGAAGAGCUUUUUGGAGAUUUUGAGGAUUUAGAAACUGGUGAGAAACACAUGGCUGAAGAGAGUACAGAGUCCAAAGAGAAAGCUGGAGAUAAACGUAAGGCAGAACCUACUAAAUCUGAGAUCCUAGAAAAAAAGAUGAAAUUAAAAGCAAAAUUUGAUGCAGAAUAUGACAAUCCAGAUGAUCAUAGGAUUAAAGGAGACCAUUCUUAUUAUGAGAAUUUGAAAGCAGAAGCUCUCAAACAGUCGGAAUUAAAUAAAUCUGUUUUUGAUAACUUAGAUACUGGUCUUAGAAUUGAAGUUGAAGGAUUUAGACCAGGCUUGUACGUUAGAAUGUUAUUCAAAAACAUGCCAUCAGAAUUUGUGUGUAAUUUCGAUGCAAGUUAUCCAAUCCUUAUCGGAGCCCUAAAUAUGGCUGAGCAAAACAUUGGAUUUGUGUCUUGCAAAGUGAAGAAACACAGAUGGUACAAAAAGAUACUGAAGACGAAUGAUCCGCUUAUCAUUUCAUUGGGUUGGAGGAGAUUCCAGACUUUACCAAUAUACUCUAAAAUAGAGGACGAUUUGAAAUGUAGGUAUCUAAAGUACACACCGGAACAUGUUACUUGUAAUAUGCAUUUCUAUGGCCCUGUGACCCCCCAGAACACAGGUUUCCUAGCCUUACAAACAGUUAAUAAUGAUCCUAAUGAAAUUAAACCUUUAGGCUUUCGAAUAGCAGCUACAGGAAGUGUUAAUGAAAUAAAUAAAUCUACACAAAUUGUAAAGAAACUGAAAUUAGUAGGUACACCACUGAAGAUUUACAAAAAGACUGCUUUCAUAAAAGAUAUGUUUACAAGCUCACUAGAAGUGGCUAAAUUCGAAGGCGCGAGAGUAAAAACUGUAUCGGGAAUCAGAGGGCAGAUAAAAAAGGCUUUGAAUAAGCCAGAAGGAGCUUUUCGUGCUACUUUCGAAGAUAAAAUCUUAAUGAGCGACAUCGUUUUUUGCCGUACGUGGUUCAAAGUGGAUGUUACAAAAUUCUACGCACCGGUUGUGAAUUUGUUGAUGCCAAUAGAUGCAAAAAAUGCAUGGCAAGGAAUGAAGACCAAGGGUCAGCUCAAGAGGGAACGAAACAUUAAGAACGACGCGAAUACCGAUUCAAUGUACGCAGAAGUAACAAGACAGCCUAAGGUCUUCAAGCCCCUGAUCAUACCUAAGACACUACAAAAAGGUUUACCAUACAGAUUUAAGCCUAAGGAGAAAUCUACAACAUUAUCAGGCAAGAAUCCUAAAGACAAAUUCAGAGACAGAGUGGCAGUGGUGAAGAGUCCUUACGAACAGAAGGUCACGAGUGUGAUGAAGAUGUUAAAGACGAAUUAUGCGAAGAAACAAGAAUUGCAGAAGGAAGCCACAGCCGAAAGGUUAAAGGCGCAUAAAAAGCAGCAGGACGAGGAAGAAUGGAGGCGGAUAAAAAGACAGAAAGAGUUGAAGAAGAAGAUUUGUAGACAGCUGAGCAAAAUGGGUAACAAAAAGCAACCUCAAAUGUGAUAGAUUUUGCUGUAAGAGAAGGUGUUAAAUAAAACAAUGCCGUAUAUCGUGUAAA